GGGCUUUGUAUGAGAAUGAACCUGCACCAUUACUGACUGGACUAGCAGCUGACCACAAGCAAUCAUGGGGGAAGCUCCGACGGGGGGCUUGCUCUCUGUUAUGCAAAAGCUGAAGGGGAGCUCAGAGCAAGAGCUGAGGAUUGUUCUUCUGGGUUUGGACAAUGCUGGCAAAACCACCAUUCUCAAGUGCCUCGCCUCAGAGGAUGUCAGUACAAUCACCCCAACACAGGGUUUCAACAUAAAGAGUGUAGCCUCUCAUGGCUUGAAACUGAAUGUUUGGGACAUCGGAGGACAAAGAAAAAUUCGAUCCUUCUGGAAAAAGUACCUAGAGAACACAGACUUACUGAUUUACGUCAUAGAUAGUGCUGACAAAAAGCGAUUUGAAGAGACAGGACAGGAACUUGCAGAGCUGAUUGAUGAGGAGAACCUGAAAGGAGUUCCGGUUCUGGUCUAUGCCAACAAGCAGGACUUGGCCACCGCCUCCCCGGCCAGCGAGAUCGCAGAGGGCCUCAACCUGCACACAUACCGUGACCGCGUCUGGCAGAUCCAGGCCUGCUCGGCAGUGUCUGGGGAAGGAGUGCAGGAUGGCAUGACUUGGAUCUGCAGCAAUCUUGUCAAUCGAAAAAAAUGAGGUGGCAGAGCUGUCUGCGGCUCUUAGCAUCCUCCCGCCCCCUACGCGUCUGCCCCACACACCACACCUCCAUCAUUUGCAUGUACAAUCAGUUAUUUACAUUCUGCACUGGUAUUUGUUUGUGGGGGACUGUUUCCAUGUUUUCAUAUCAUGCACAUUUUCGGAGCAAAUUUACGGGAAUAUGUAAAUUAUAAAUGAAUUUGAUGAAGACAAAAAAAGACAAAUAUGUACGAUACUGCCUCCCUUGCUCCCAUGGCGUGCUUGGCUAACAGAGUUGAGUUUCCUGCUAGUCUCCUGCCCGGGCCAUGAGGAGAAACAGGGCAGAGAGAAACAUUAUUAGACCUUUUUGAACAUGUUGAAAGUGUUGUUGCAGUCCUCAUGUCGAGGCAAGCUAGUUAGAUGGCUGUGGUACUGUAUUGUAGCAAGUGACUGAUCUUCUGUGGUGUAUCACAUUCACAGGAUAAUAAAAUAGCAGUCAUCAA